UUUCGUCAUUAUUACUUGUUAUUUGCUUAAACAAAGUUCCAAAAUUGUUAACAUAUUCCGUACGGAAUCAGCAGUUUAUUUAUUGUAUACACGGAAAAUAAAACUAAAAUGGAACAAGAAUCCGUUUUUGUUUUAAAUUUAAUUGCGAAUGUGGAAAAAAAGAAAUGUCUCUACGACAAAAGUGAUCCCUUUUACUUUAAUAGGAGUAUCAAGGACAAGACAUGGAAUGAAAUAGGAGAAAAUUGCAGCAAAAGUGGAGAAGACUGCAAACACAAAUGGAAAUUGCUACGAGAACGUUUUUGUAAGGAGCUGAAAAAAAUGGAAAACCUAUCAGGUAGUAUAAUGUCCAAUGGAGAAUGGAAAUUUAUGCAGCCCAUGUUAUUUUUAAAGGAUUUUCUCGCACCGCGACGCUCUUAUUAUAAUGUUAAGCAACAGGAUAUAGAAACAGACUUCGAACAAGCCACAUGCAGUGGUGAUAGCUUGUUGGAACCUCUAAUGAGCAUUCCAACCCCACCAAAGAAAUCUAUGCACACUCUAGAUAGCCUCUGCCAAAAAUUUGGUGAGACUAUAGAGAAUAUUGAAAGAGGCUUAGCUGUGCCGAUUGUGCAAAAGAAGGAGACAACAGAUGAAUCAUUCAUUAAAAUAGUGCUAUGUUUGAUGCAGGACCUGCCAAUAGAUAUAAAAGACGAGUUUCAAGCGGGCGUCAUGCAGGAGUUAUAUCGUUUACGCAAGAAUUGUAGAAAUCUUAAUAUGUAAGCAGUCUAUUUGACUUAUUUUUUUUAGUUUUCGAAGGCAAUGCUGAUGUAAAUAUGUACAUAAAUCAAAUGUACACGCGAUGUUUGUAUAUUAGUUUUUAAGACUGUGAUUAAAUUAAAAAUAAUCUUCAAAUGUUGUUUUUGACUGUUA